GCAGGGAUUGGGUAGAAGAGAGCAGAAAAAUAGCGGAAGUCCCGCCCAGCCAGGGUGGAACUUCCGGUUCCGACUGCUUGGGGCUUGUGCUGACUGAGCGGAGCCCGCAGUGCCGGUAUGGUGCUACUGGAGAGUGAGCAGUUCCUGACGGAGCUGACGAGGCUCUUCCAGAAGUGCCGGUUGUCGGGCAGCGUCUUCAUCACCCUGAAGAAAUAUGAUGGUCGAACUAAACCCAUUCCAAGGAAAGGUUCUGUGGAGGGAUUUGAGCCCGCGGACAACAAGUGUCUAUUAAGAGCUACUGAUGGGAAAAAGAAGAUCAGCACUGUGGUGAGCUCCAAAGAAGUGAAUAAGUUUCAGAUGGCUUAUUCGAACCUGUUGAGAGCUAACAUGGAUGGGUUGAAGAAGAGGGACAAAAAGAGCAAGAGUAAGAAGAGCAAAGCAGCACAGUAAAGGGCAUCAGAUUUCCCGCCUUCACCAACUAACCACUGAGUUGCUGUUUUUCAUUUGGUUUUUACUUUCGGCUACAAAGCUGGGUUUUUGAUUCCCGUACAAUAACUGUUUUCAUGUGAGAUUAGGGUCACUUUUGGAUGGAAGAAAGGCUGCAUUGUUUACAGGGUAGUUUAUUUUAGAAGCCAAUUUAUUUUAGAUCUGGCUAAGUGGUCUGUGUUGUAUGUUUGUUUAUUCCUGGAUUAUAGUUUAGAGUCUCUGUAGCCUGUGAAGAGCACUGUACCAUUAAACCUGUAUUUAUCAUCACUAUCUUUUAUUCCUUUUCCCACUCCAUAAAAAGUUUCUGGCAAUAGCUACUCAUUCUGGAAUGGUGGGAUUACAAAUAGGCUUUAGGCCCUAUCUUGUGGGUUAUUGGAAUUGAAACCUGACAAUUUUACAAAAAGCUGUGUUAUUUCAUGGGUGUUUUUCCCAACCGUUAGUGUAAUUUUGUUUUCUUAGUUCCUUUAGCAAAUUCGAAUGAGUUCUCAUAGCCAAUUGAGAGUUUGCUUAACAAAACUUAGUUUAUGACAAAAUCAUCAAGAAUAAAGAUCCCAGGUUAAUGAUGAUAUUUGAUUUCUUUAUGCCCUUGACUUUGGACAUUUUCAUGUGCUUAGACAGUAGGGCUAAGAGAAGAACAAGGCUAUUUUCUUGUGUUCUAGCUCCACAAAAUCUUUAGUGCCAAGGCAAUUAAAGAGCAGCAGAUAUAUGAAAACAUUUAUUAUAUUCAAAAAGAUAAAUUUAUAAUAUACAUGAAAAACUUACAAAGCUCAACUUUGUAGGACAGCUUCUUAGAAUAUUAAUUUAAAAUUACAGUGAAUGUACAGCAUUUUAUAGUAUAAGCUCCUGUCCAUUUGAACAAUGUAAUGAUUGUUCUUUAGGAUUAAAAUAAGAUUCUGUAGUAAUCAUCUCUGUAGCUAUACAGGAAUAGCACAGACACCCUGCAAAAAAGGGGAAAAGACAGGAUGAGUGUAAUGGGUAGAGAAUAGAGUUGAUAAAUUAUUUUUAGAACACUUAACUAUAGGAGUUUUGUAUAAUCAAAAACAAGGUGGAAGGCUAGUCACUAAAAAAAUUACUUAAGUUUUACAGGAGCUGUGGCUGGCAAACAUCCAGAGUAUAAAUGUCUACAUAAGGAGUCCAUCAUUCACCUCACAGGCUUUGUUGUUGCCUUUUAAGUGGAUGAUCACAUGAACAACUGGCAUUCUGGUAUGGGGACAUAAAGCACAGCAGUCACACCUGCUUUCUUUCAUUUCAGUGUUUCUAGGACUUACCUGGGUGAUGACAGCUAUAACUGGGAUAGUUGCUACUGGGACCACUGUGUUUGUUAUUGACAAGGUCAUGGCUGUGAUUCACAGUCCUGAGGAGUAUUACUGGUUACCAGUUGCAGUUCUAACAUAGCAGCUUAUUAGCCAUCUAACCUCAAUAAGACAAUAAAAAUAUUUGAUACUUUAAAAUCCCUCAGGGGAAAAAACAAACCUCGAAUCUUUCCCAUGUCAAAAGCUGCAAUGCGUUAAUAACUUACUUUUUUUCUACUUUGAUGUUAUAAAUUUCAUCACAGACUAAUUUGAGGUAUCUUUGCUUUGGCAGGCGUGACAACAGCUGCUUCACAGUUGUGUUAAAUGCCUGUUCAUCAGCAUCCCACUAGGAAAAAAUAGAUAAGACUUAAUCACUGGUACUAGGGUUUAUUAACUGGCUUUUUCUGGGUGACUAAUGAAAUGUCAAUGCCAUUUCCCCCUUUAAGUAUACUGAAGAGAUCAGUUACAGGGAGAGAGAACCAGUGGGGAGACUGCUUGGGUUCUUUGAAGUAUUGAGUUUCUCUCCAAGACCACCUUACUAGAUCCUGAUUGACAAUGCUGCAGCCGCAGUGUGCCACUGUGACUUGUGUACCAGUUAUUUCUGCCAACUGUUGACUUCAUGUGAAAUGGAGAUACCACCUCUGAUGUGAAUAUGAAUGGCUUAUAAAGCAGUAAACUGCUAGUACAGUGCUAUGUGCUUAUUUACCAGACAAGAGAAUACCAAUGGGGAAAGGGAAGGCGGAGAGUUAGCCUUUUUUUUUUUUUUUAAAUAAUUUUUACAGCCGCACCUGCAGUAUAUGGACGUUCGCAGGUCAAGGGUCAAAUUGGAGCUGCAGCUUGUAGAAACAGUGGAUCCUUAACUCACUGAAUGAAGCCAGGGAUCGAACCCACAUUCUCACAGAGAAAAUGAUGUCGGGUCCCUAAUCUGCUGAGCCACAAACAGGAACUCUGAGAGUAAGCUUAUAAAAGAAGCUACAAGGGUAUAUUAUAUAGCUCAGGGAAUAUGGCCAGUAUUUUAUAUAAACAGAGUAUGACUUUAAAAAGACCCAGAAAAUGGUAGUGUUUAAUGUUAGUUCUGGGGCAAAAUUCGUCUUUCAUCUAAUGUAAUCUGUGACUACACAUUCUGGAUAGACGAAAGUAUUUUUUGGUAUGACAUGUAAAAAUCACCUCUAGGUUAUAAACUUUCUUAUAGCAAAGGUAAGUAUAAAGAUUUUUAAAAGUUCAAUUAGGCUAUCUGAUAAUAAGGGUAUACCUGUAAAAAAAAAAAAAAAGCAUAAAGGACCUAAAUUAAUUUAAUUUUUACAAAAAGAUCUCCAUGUAGUUCUAGUUCUGCAAAUGAGCUUCCCUGGUUAGAACAGUUUGUUUGAAGCAGAAUAAUAUAGUGGUUAAGAAAUCCUUGCUCUGCAGCUUCCUAGUUGGGUGACUUUGAAUAAGAUACUUAACUUCUCUGCUUCUGUUCUCCACAAAAUGUAAAAUGAUUCCAUUUAUCUGUAAAAUGGAGACCUGUAAAAAAGGUAAUAAUAUGUAUCCCUUGGGGUUGUUAUGAUUAAAUGAGUUAAUAUUUGUAAAAUGCUUAGAACAAGACCUUCCAGAGCCUAACACACAAUAAAAUCAUCUCUGAGAUUU